GAGGUGAUUCUGAGGGUAAUGCAGUCAAGCACUUGAGAAUGCUGAUCGGCCUUGUACAUAAGAAGCAUUUUUUGAAGUGAUUUCGUUUUUUAUUUGUCAAUUUUGCCCUGUAAUUGUCCUAACUGGCGGUUAAAACGACGGUUACAGUAUCUUUUAAAGUUGCGUCCCUUCACGCGCAUCCUUGUUUCGAGCUUUUGAAAGGUUCACCGGACAGACUCGACUUCCUCAACCUGCCGACAUGUAUCGCUUGCAGUUACUGGCAGCUCGGUCACUGAUCGCCGGAGCUCUCGAUCAGUUUACCCCAUUGACACUAACAUCAUCUCUUACCGGGGUAAGACACAAAUCUCAAGGUCCGUCCGUGGAGAAGUACGGUCAGAUGCGCUUCAGCACCGCCGAGGCUAAAGUGUCUGCUGGGAGCCUGGACGGAAAGAUGCGGGAGAAGAGCCUGACUAUGGACACACUGAACCCGCAGGUGAAGGCUGUGGAGUACGCCGUGAGAGGACCCAUCGUCAUCAAAGCUGGAGAGAUUGAAAGAUGCUUGGAGGAGGGUGGUACGAAACCCUUCUCUGAGGUCAUCAAAGCCAACAUCGGUGAUGCACAUGCCAUGGGACAGCAACCAAUCACCUUCCUUAGACAGGUGGUGGCUCUCUGCACGUUCCCUGAGCUGAUGGACAGCCCCAGUUUCCCCGAGGAUGCGAAAUGUAGAGCACGGCGUAUCCUGCAGGGCUGCGGGGGAUACAGUCUCGGGUCAUAUAGUGCAAGCCAGGGUAUAGAGUACAUCCGCAAAGACAUUGCCACAUUCAUAGAGCAAAGAGAUGGAGUUCCUUCAAACUGGGAAAACAUUUACCUCACCACUGGAGCUAGUGAUGGCAUUAUGACUAUUCUGCGGCUGCUGGUGUCUGGGAAAGACUCUUCUCGGACAGGUGUGAUGAUUCCCAUUCCUCAGUACCCACUUUACUCCGCUGCAAUCUCAGAGAUGGAUGCAGUACAGGUCAACUACUACUUGGAUGAGGACAACUGCUGGGCCCUGGACAUAAAUGAACUUUACAGAGCCUAUCAGGCUGCCAAACAGCACUGCCAACCCCGAGUCAUUUGCAUCAUAAACCCUGGCAAUCCUACUGGUCAGGUCCAGAGUAAAAAAUGCAUUGAAGAAGUCUUGCACUUUGCUUAUGAGGAGAAUCUUUUUGUUAUGUCAGACGAGGUGUAUCAGGACAAUGUGUACGCUCCUGACUGUCAGUUCCACUCCUUCAAGAAGGUGUUAUAUGAGAUGGGUCCUGAGUACUUCAACAACGUGGAGCUUGCCUCCUUCCAUUCCACUUCCAAAGGCUACACGGGAGAGUGUGGCUUCAGGGGUGGAUAUAUGGAGGUGAUCAACAUGGAUCCUGAGGUCAAGGUCCAGCUGGUAAAGCUAUUAUCAGUUCGACUGUGCCCCCCCCUGGCUGGCCAGGCUGCAAUGGAUGUCAUUGUCAACCCUCCACAACCAGACGAGCCCUCGUUCAAACAGUUCCACCAGGAGAAAUCAUCAGUGCUGGGUGCUUUAGCAGAAAAAGCUAAGCUAACUGAACAGAUCCUGAAUGCUGUUCCAGGAAUCAAGUGUAAUCCCGUCCAGGGGGCCAUGUACGCCUUUCCUCGCAUCUUUAUCCCUCCUAAGGCAGUGGAGGAAGCCAAGGCUCUAGGAAUGCAGCCUGACAUGCUGUAUUGCCUGAGGUUGCUGGAGGAGAAGGGGAUCUGUGUUGUUCCUGGUAGUGGCUUUGGACAGAAAGAUGGAACAUAUCAUUUCAGGAUGACAAUCUUGCCAUCCACAGAGAAGCUAAAGGUACUUCUUGGCAAAGUGCAAGAUUUCCACAUCAGUUUCCUGAAAGAGUAUUCUGCUCUGGAGUAGCUACAGAGAGGAGAUGGGACCUGAUUUGGAAAACAUAAGCUGGUGUGCUCCAGCACUACUUAACACACUAACUACACAUUUAAACUGUAAAGGUAGUGUUAAGUAUCUUGUAAAUUUUGUUUUUAUUUUCAAUUGAAACAUGAUUUUUUGAAGUUUCAAGAAAUACAGCCUUGU